UGCUCGUGACUUCCGCUUCGCCCCGAAAGUCCACCAGAAGAGGUAGUUUCGCUCUCCGUGUGUGGAUCGCCAGACGCCGUCUUCUGCUUCAGUGCCUUCUUCUCGCCCUAACGACCCAGAACCUCUCAAGAUGGCGUACCCUGGUUUUGGAGGAAUGCAGGCCCCAGUUGUGAACCCGGGAAUCCCGUACAUUGGAGAGAUCCAGGGAGGACUGCAGCCUGGGAAGAUGAUCACUAUCCAGGGGUUUGUGAUACCUGGUGCCGACAGGUUCCAUGUGAACCUGCAGUGUGGUGCCAGCACCCAGCCCCGUGCCGACAUCGCCAUGCACUUCAACCCGCGGGUGAUGGCGGGCGUCGUGGUGCGGAACUGUCUGCAGAACCAGGCCUGGGGCGGCGAGGAGAAGCAGCACGGACCUUUCCCCUUUGCCAUGGGGCAGAACUUUGAGAUGAUCAUCCUCACCGAGCCAGACAAGUUCAAGGUCGCAGUGAAUGGCCAACACUUCAUCGAGUUCCGCCACCGCAUCCCGUUCCAGCGGGUCAACACGCUGGCUAUCGAUGGGAAGGUACAGAUCCAGGCCAUCCGCUUUGACUCAGGCAUGCCGGGUGCCCCCCAGGCCCAGAAAGGAGGAGCUCCAGUCUUCAACCCUUUUCCACAAGUACCAGGCAGUUUAGCAGCCCCCCCUGCACCAAUGGUACCCCCUGGGCCAAUGGCACCCCCUGGGCCAAUGGCACCCCCUGCACCAAUGGUACCCCCUGCGCCAAUGGCACGCCCUGGUGCACACCCCAGCAGCGGACCCCACGCCUUGCAAGUGCCGUACAUUGGAUCCAUUGCCGGAGGGAUGUACCCUGGCAGGAUGGUGAUCAUCAAUGGUACGGUCCACCCUGGUGCACCUGACAGGUUCCACUUCAACCUGCAGUGUGGUGCCAGUACCGCUCCACGUGCUGACAUCGCCCUGCAGUUCAACCCCAGGUUUGCUGCCCGUGCCGUGGUCCGCAACUCCCUCAUCAACAACGGGUGGGGCGGGGAGGAAAAGGACACGCCCUACUUCCCCUUCAUGCCAGGCCAGCCGUUUGAGUUGAUGGUGCUGUGUCAGCAGGACAGCUUCAAGGUUGCUGUGAAUGGCCAGCACUUCACCGAGUUCCGCCAUCGCAUCCAGCCCCUGACCCGUGUGGACACACUGGUUGUUGAAGGCAAGGUUAGCCUGCAGCAGAUCCGCUUCACAUAAGAAGUGGAGUGCACAGAGCAAUACACCUCCAGCAUACACCACUUGCCUUACUGGAUAUCAGGGCUCUGUUGGCUAGAAGAUCAAUGGCUACAUCUCCUGUCAGGUGCAGGUCUAGGAUGAUGAGCAGUGAAAAUUAGAUGGUCAAUGGCACUAAUUCUCAGUUUUAAAUCUCUGCAGUAUUUCUGUAGUUUCUGCAGUAAUAGUUCAUUAUCAAUUUGUAUCAGGAGAAAAUUAGCAUAAGUAGAAGUCUAGUGGACAAAUAUGUUUUUUGUCCAGAUCAAACAUGAAUUUAAGGUGACAACAUAAGAGAAAUGAUAAGAUUAUAUGAGACUCUUAAUGAUUUUAUCAUAUUAACCAGGACAAAAGCCAGUAUAGGAAUUCAAAUGCUGACAUAUAACUAGUUACAGUUUACUCUGCAGAUUCAGAACCUCAAUAACAUAUAGUGAAGGAUUUGAGGUUCUGAUGAAUUUGUUAAGAAAAAGAAU